GCAGAGCACAUUAAAAGACAAUGGCUACUUGGGGAGUACAAUACCAUACUGUCCAGACUCCAGUUCAUAAGGCAAAGCAGGGAGCAGCUCUUCUUCAUUCCGUUCUGUCUAAAGCGAGGCUUUUGACGUCACCUUUAUUAGCGGCAAGAGGUCUCCAAAAUGUAUGGAAAGGUUGCAAUUUCUCUCAUUUUCGUCGUUCUUCUCAUCGUGACUUACUCAAUUUUCAUUGGAACCGUCGAUAUUCGAUCGUACUUUUUUCCUUUACUACAGUCACCCUCCGUCGCACUCUCCUGUGCAACCACCAAUGCUCCUCUUAAAGUCUACAUGUACGACCUCCCGAGGAGGUUCCACGUUGGCAUGUUGGACCACCGGAGUCCUGACGACUUGCCGGUGACCAAGGAGAAUCUUCCUCCUUGGCCGCAUAAUUGGGGCGUGAAACGACAGCAUAGUGUGGAGUAUUGGCUUAUGGCUUCGCUCUUGUACGACGAUGGAAACGGUGAAGCGAGAGAGGCGGUUAGGGUUUUGGAUCCAGAAACUGCCGAUGCAUUUUUCGUGCCCUUUUUUUCUUCCUUGAGUUUUAAUUCUCAUGGCCAUAAUAUGACGGAUCCAGAUACCGAGAUUGACCACCAACUGCAGAUUGAAGUACUGGAAUAUUUGCAAAAAUCCAAAUACUGGCUGAGGUCAGAAGGCAGAGACCAUGUAAUUCCUAUGACACAUCCAAAUGCUUUCAGAUUUCUUCGAGAGCAAGUGAAUGCAUCAAUUCUUAUUGUUGUAGAUUUUGGUCGCUACCCUAGGAGCUUGUCUAAUCUGAGCAAAGAUGUGGUGUCCCCGUAUGUACACAUUGUGGAAUCCUUUUCAGAUGAUGACCCUCCAGACCCAUUUGAGUCUCGCACCACAUUGCUCUUCUUCCGGGGGAAUACAGCCAGAAAAGAUGAAGGCAAAGUUCGUGCUAAAUUGGCGAAGUUAUUAGCUGGUAAUGAUGAUGUUUACUACGAGCAUAGUACAGCCACAACAACAAGCAUUAAAGAGUCCACACGAGGGAUGCGUUCUUCAAAGUUCUGUUUGAAUCCUGCAGGAGACACUCCAUCAUCGUGCCGGCUGUUCGAUGCUAUUGUGAGCCACUGUGUUCCAGUAAUUGUGAGUGACCGGAUUGAGCUCCCUUUUGAGGAUGAAAUUGAUUACACCCAAUUCUCAGUUAUCUUUUCUGUGAAAGAGGCUUUGCAACCUGGUUACUUGGUUAAUCAGCUCAGACAAUUUCCAAAAGAGAGAUGGAUUGAAAUGUGGAGACAUCUUAAGAACAUCUCACAUCACUAUGAAUUCCAGUAUCCCCCCAAGAAAGAAGAUGCCAUCAAUAUGCUAUGGAGACAGGUUAGAUACAAACUUCCUGCAGUCCAUCUUGCUCGACAUAGACAACGAAGGUUGAAAGUACCAGAUUGGUGGAGGAGAAGAUGAGGUAUGAUCUCCCUUGUGACACUGUACAUUCAUAAUCUUUUUACAUCAUUGAUGAUUGCUUGCUACCCUUUAAGUACAAGAAGCAGAGGUAGUCAUGAGUUUUUAAUCCCCAUUUUUGGCCGGAUUUACAGUUGAUAUAAUAGAUAAAGCAUUUUACUUUUUUGACUAUGAUUGAUAACAACAUAGUGAAGAAGCAAGUUCCGAUAAUGUAGUGAUUUAGGACUGUACUCAGAGAUUCAGCGAGUCUUUUUUUCCAACUGGCUGUAAUAAUGUCUAUAGAUUUUUCUGUAUUGUUUUCAAUGACAAAGAUGUAUCUCAUUGAUUCAUCAGUGUUCUUUCUUUUUUCGGUCUUAAUGAAAAUUUUCUGUAGACUAUUUCAACGGAA